CUAUACCCCUAACCCAAUCAGAACCCCUCGACCAGUGUCAAAUGAUGACACCUGCCACCAUGUCAUUUGAGCGGCUCUAGAAGCAGCGCCCAGUAUGUAAGCAGAAUUUGGAGGGAAACUCACAAUACUGAAUUGAACCCUAGCUCCUUCUCCAUUUUCCGAUCAUCCACUGAACUUACUGUUCUGUGCUUAAUGUGAAGUUUUUGAAACUAAUGGCCGCCUCCCGUGCCAUUAAAGCAGCCUUCAAGUGCUCGCCGCCGGUCAUCUCCUGGAAAUCUACCGGCAAGAUACAGCAAACAUUAUCGAGUUGUAUUGAACGAACCGGACUGGGGCUCCACUCAGGCAAGGAAUCAACCGUGAGAAUUCGGCCGGAACUUGCAGGUGAAGGCAGGUACUUUGCGCUUGGGUCGAAUCGGAUCGAUGCGUCUAUUGGGUUUGCCAGGGAGUCGCGUCUGUGCACCACAUUGUGCAAAGAUGGGUACAGUGUGAGAACUGUUGAGCACUUGCUUUCUGCUCUAGAGGCAUGUGGUAUAGACAAUUGUCGAAUCGAAGUUGAAAACUCCGUCUCUGAUGAUCAGUCUGUUGAGGUUCCUAUAUUUGAUGGGUCAGCAAGGGAAUGGGUGAGAGCGAUACAAGAAGUUGGAUUGGAGGUAGCGGCUCAUCCCAGUGGGGAAAACUAUGAUAAGUUGGCACCUUAUGUCAAUGAACCUAUUCACAUGUGGAAAAAUGACGCCUUUAUUGCUGCAUUCCCUUCAUCAAACAUCAGGAUCAGCUAUGGAAUUAACUUUCCACAGGUAGAAAAGAUUUGGCAAUCAGGACUCAUUCAGGGUGGCUCUCUAGAAAGUGCUAUUGUUUGUAGUGAGAGUAGAGGCUGGUUGAAUGCACCCCUCCGUUACGACGAUGAGCCCUGCAGACACAAGGUAUUGGAUCUUAUUGGGGAUCUUUCACUUCUUGCUAGAGCUGGAAGUCAGGGACUUCCUGUAGCUCACAUAGUUGUCUAUAAGGGUGGACAUGCACUGCACACCGAUUUUGUUCGCCACUUCUCAAGUAUUGAGUGAAGAACAAAGGAAGCUUCAAUUGUCAGGGUCGCAUAGUGUUCACUGUAGCAUAUGAAAGAAGGACAGUUGGGGAACAUGCUGGAUGAAGACCCUUCACUUAUGGCUCUGUUGUUUGGAAAUGAUACUCUCAUCUUAUUAAAUUAGUGAAUUCACCAAAUACUUCCUCCGUCCCAAAAAGAACUUCAUUAUUUGAGUGUACAGAGUUCUAGAAAAGUGUUGAAAAGUGAGAAAGCAUGGAUGAAAUUUGUUUGAAAGAGUGAGAAGUUUUGUUGGUCAUAUUUUCUUUACCAAAAGAGUAGAAAUGUGAAGUUAUUUUUGAGACAUCCAAACAAGAAAAGUGUAAAUUUCUA